ACACGUAAACCACUUUGUUGAAAAGAUUUAAAAAUAAUAUACACUUGAUAUUCAUUUCAUUUCGUAGAAUAAAACAAAUUUCUAUACUCUGAACUUGAUAUAAUAAAGAUUGAUGGAAAACACUCUAAAUACAGUACUAGUGCUUGUGUAACGAUGAUCUUCACGCGUUUUCGGUACAGACAUUGAUAACAGGGCUACUUUCAGAACCGUGAAUAAAAGUGUCAACGAUUUUUAAUCCACACAAUGCAUUGAUUUUAUAACGCUACUCGAUUCAACUCGUAGUUACGGAAACAUCGAAAGAGGAAUCGACUUCUACGUAUCAUUGAUAUUUUUAACGUACGGACCAUAGGGGUAUUUAAUCAAUGCGGGAAGCCAGAAACUCGGGAUUACUAGGAAUUUAUUUUGACAAAGGUUAGCUGCUAAGAGUGUUUUAGAAAAUGGACGCAGACGACUUCGAAAAACAUGGUAUUGAAAUGGUCCGCUACAUUGCGCAAUAUAUGCGCACUCUACCACAGCGCAGCGUGACGUCAGAUGUCGAGCCCGGUUAUAUGCGCAAUAUGCUUCCUUCUCAUGCGCCAAUUCAUGCAGAAAAUUUCCAAGAUAUCAUGGCAGAUGUGGAGAAAAUCAUAAUGCCGGGGGUGACGCACUGGCAGCACCCCGAGUUCCACGCCUACUUCCCCGCUGGAAACUCUUUCCCAUCCAUCCUCGGAGACAUGCUUUCAAACGCCAUAGGAUGUGUCGGAUUCUCCUGGGCGGCUAGUCCAGCUUGUACCGAAUUGGAAAUCCUAGUUCUGGACUGGAUAGGCAAGCUGAUCAACUUGCCAUCAGUGUUCCUGCACGAGGGAGGGCAGGGCGGCGGAGUCAUUCAGGGUUCAGCAAGUGAAUGUGUGCUUGUGACGUUGCUGGCCUCACGCCACGCCGCUAUUCAGUUAGUCAAGCCAUACCCAUAUAUCGACGACGGUUACGUUCUCUCGAAACUCGUCGCCUACUCGUCCAAACUGGCGCAUUCCUGUGUAGAGAAGGCGGGCAUGAUUGGCCUGGUGAAGAUGAGACAGCUCGACGUCGAUGAAAACUACUCACUGCGAGGAUACACGCUCGAACGCGCUAUUGAGGAAGAUCGGCGGAUGGGCCUGAUCCCGUUUUACGUGGUGGCGACGCUGGGGACGACUGGUUGCUGCUCCUUUGACAACGUUGAGGAACUAGGCGAGGUCUGUAGCAAGGAAGGCGUCUGGCUGCAUGUGGACGCUGCGUACGCCGGAAACGCUCUCAUCUGCCCAGAGUUCCAGCAUCUUACCAAAGGCGUGCAGAACGCAUCGUCGAUCAAUUUUAAUCCAAACAAGUGGAUGCUUGUCAAUUUCGACUGUUCUCUCAUGUGGGUCCGGGACAGAAAGGCCUUGACAAGUGCGCUGACAGUCGACCCUGUAUACCUUCAGCAUGAACACGACGACAAAGAACUGGACUUUAGACACUGGGGUAUUCCACUCAGCCGCCGAUUUCGGUCGCUAAAGCUUUGGUUUGUGUUGAGAUGCUAUGGUGUCGAGGGGCUGCAAAAAUACAUUAGGCGGCACGUUCGGCUUGCAAAAGCGUUUGAGGAGCACGUGCGUAACGACGACAUCUUUGACGUCAUCGGUGAGGUCACCAUGGGUCUCGUGUGCUUUCGACUCAAGGGACCAAACACCUUAACUCAGCGUCUCCUAAAGAAAAUAAACUCUUCGCAUCAGCUUCAUAUGGUCCCAGCGCUUGUGAAUGAAAACUUCGUUAUCCGCUUCGCCAUAUGCGCGGAAAAUGCGGACGAGAAGGACAUCAGCUUUGCAUGGAAGGUGAUCACCGAAGCAGCAGAGUGUCUCAUGUCGUCCAAGUCCGAGCUGGAGCGACCAGGAGGAUUAGAGAGGAUAGAAACGCUCGAAAUGUCCGAGACUGAAAGCGAAGAUGAAGUAUUCGACCGCGAAUUGUUCGAUACUGACUUGAUCUUUGACCAGCAACGUAUAACGCUCCGCAGGGCAUGCGAAAGGAGAAAUCUGUUUCAUAGAAUGGUGUCCGACCCGAAAGGUUUCAAUCGUACGGUCCUGAAGGCGUUAAGUAUCGACGGUCAACGCAAAAUCCGGAGCGAAUCUGAUCUUGAAGAUGACGCCGCCGACGCUGUGCGUACGACGAUAAAAAAGACGUCAGCUGGUGCGGAAUCUUCCCAAGACUGUGUUUAAAGGUGUCUAAAAUGUAUAAAUGAAUCGAAUGUUAUUUCUGUUAUCUAUGAAUCUAAAGAUACUUAUUAUCUUAAUGUAUUGGGUAUAAUAUAUUAUACAGUAUAAAAACGGACAUCAUAUGUUUAUUGGCACAUAAGAAAUACAUAUUUUCGAUUCAAACCUUCAUGUUUUGGCGUUAAAAAACCG